AUGGAACAGUCUGGAGACGAUUCUGACGUGGACGAAUAUUCAGAGGAAGGAAUGGAUCUAUCAGAUCACGAUUCGGAAGAACACUUUCGUGACGAAAAAGUUGGUACAUCUCAACCUUUCCAUUCUAGUGGCGACGAGAGCAGCGAUGACGAUGAAUCUGAUGAUGAAGAGCCAAAACUACAUAAGUUCGCUGACGAUUGGGGAGGGCUUGCCCGAAAGGCUCUCGAAGGAUACCAUCCCGAAAAACAGAUUAGGCUCAAUUGGAUGAGCAUCAUUUAUAAACAAGAGGUGCAAGCACCUGCACCGAAAGUUGAUGAUGUCGGCGAUGGUUUGUUCAAAGUUCGGAAGACUGUGCAUAAACCUCUACAUCAGCAGCUGCGACCACUAGCGCAAGAGCUGCUAAUAAAUAUCACCGUGGGACUGUCGGCGUAUUUGGGCUUUUGCUUGUUGUUUUGCCACAUAAUGACUUCUGUGCCUAAGGAUGUACCGGUGCUUCUAUGGAAUCAGUGUGCGUCUUCAUCCUCUGCCGCUCUUGACUGGAAUGAUGAGGAGGUCCGAUCGUCCAUCGCCGACUGUUUUGUUACAGGAACGUGGACUGAGGAUGAUGAAAUUGAAGGCAGAAGCUUCAUGGUAAUGGUGAUUUUUAUGAGUUUUAUGGCAUUUGGAUUCUAUUGCAUCGCCAGGCAUGAUAUGGAUGAUGAGGAAGCAGAGGAGGCGGUGGAAAGUGAAGGCGAAGAGUCGCUGAAAGACGGAGAUGCCAAAUUAUCGGCAGUGGAGCGUGCUGAAGCAGCUGCUCGAGAGAAGCGCAAAGAAGAAAAAAUAAAGUUGAAGCAGCGUUUUAACGAUGAUUACGAUGACUCAUGCAAACACUAUAAUACUUUGAAGAGUGAAAUGGAGGAACAGGCUCAGCUUAACAAAAGUAUUUUCGAAGGAAUGGAUGAAAGCGAACGGGAACAGCUGGAAGGAUUUCGAGCUGGUCGUUAUGUUCGUAUCGAGAUAGAGAAUGUGCCAUGUGAAUUUGUCGAUAACUUCGAUCCCACAUCACCCUACAUUGUUGGUGGUUUGUUAACUGGCGAACAAAACAUGGGAGUAGUUCAGCCUGGGUACCGAAUAGUCGCCACAGGAGUUGUGUUGAAUCUUGAAAAAAGCACUGACGUUGUGAAAAAACUCAAACUUGUUGGCACUCCUGAGAAGGUGUUCAAAAAGUCUGCUUUCAUCAAGGGGAUGUUCAACAGUCAGAUGGAGGUGGCCAAGUUUGAAGGAGCAACAAUCCGAACUGUGUCUGGAAUCCGGGGUCAAAUCAAGAAAGGAUUACAUGAGCCUGCUGGAUCAUUCAGGGCCACGUUUGAGGACAAAAUAUUGAUGAGAGAUAUUGUGUUUUUGCGGUCUUGGGUAUCUGUGCCUAUUCCCCGCUUCUAUGCGCCAGUAAUCGAUCACCUGCUUCCGCCAGGAGAGCCAUGGGUCGGAAUGCGUACUGUCGGUAAGAUACGACAUGAGCUCGGUACCAAACCGGAAUUACGAGAGGACUCUAUGUAUAAGCCCAUUGAACGUGAUGAACUAGAACCGGCUCCGCUGGUCGUACCUAACAAGCUUCAACAAAGCUUGCCUUUCAAGUUGAAGCCAACAUAUGAGGAAAAACCGAAAGAGCAUAAAGAACCGCUCAUUGCGAGGAAUACAGUGGUAAUUCUGGAACCUGAAGAGGCCAAGAGGAAACGAAUGAUGGACAUGUUGAGAACUAUCAAUACAGAUAUCACGAAGAAAGCUGAGGCUGCGCGCGAGAAGCAGUUGGCUAAAAGAGCGAAGGAGGUGAGCUUAAAUAGUGCUCCAUUGGGUGUGAUGAUCGGGUUGGAGUCAUGGUUUUACAACUUUUCACAGUUCUUCUACAGAGCUAAUACUCCUGAAGCACUAGCUGAUAUUCCUCGGCCGUUCCUCGAGUACUCUAUAUGGGGUCUAUUCAAAGGAGCGGAAGUCACUAGUGUUGUUGUAUGGGAUAUGACAACUCGUAACUAA